CAUCAGCACUCCAGCACACUUCUCUGUUGUUGGUGUGUUUUGGGUUGCUUUGUGCCAUACUGACUGCAAAAUUCAUCUAUAUGCAUGUGAUGACAGCCAAACAGCAGGAAAGUAUCAAAAACCUUACAACAGAAAGAAGACAACUGAUUGAGGAACGAAAGAUGAAGGAGAACCAGAUUGAGGAGGUGAUCCGAGACAGACACCUGAGCGCAGUAAGAGCAGGACUUAACCCACAGAGGCUUACUCAAGAGAGAGAGGAGCUGAACAAAGAGAGAGAAGAGCUGAGGAAAAAGAUUGACGAGCUGAGCUUAGAGAAAGAAGAGCUGAGCAAAAAGAUUGACGAUCUGAACAAUGAGAAAGAUGAGCUGAACAAAGAGAAAGACGAGCUGAGCAAAAAAACAGCAGAGCUGAGCAGCAAGACAGAGGAGCUGAACAAAGAGAAAGCAGAGCUGAGCAAAAACACAAAGGAUCUGAACAAAAAGAAACUCGAGCUUAACAAAGAAAAAGACAAGCUGAGUGAAGACAAAAAGGAGCAGAGCCAAGAAAAAGAGAAACUGAACAAAGAGAAAGACGAGCUGAGCAAAGACAAAAAGGAGCUGAGCAACGAGAAAGAGAAACUGAACAAAGAGAAAGACGAGCUGAGCAAAGAGAAAAAGUAUCUGAGCACAGAGAAAGAGGAGCUGAAGAAAGAUAAAGCAGAGCUGAACAAAGAGAGAGAGAAGCUGAGAGUAUUGACAGACGAGGCAGAGAACCGAUGCAAAAACAGAGAUGCUCUGAAAAACUUUUAUGAUGCCCUCAUGAAAUUUGACAAUUUUCCAGUACAUGAUUUGUGCCCAGUAUGGUUGAGACCAAAGUGCCAUCAUUGCACAAAACACGAGAAAUCCUACAAGGGACACUGCUACUAUAUUUAUCCAUAUGACAUAGGUUAUGCAAACUGGGACCGAAGUCGACAGUUGUGUAAGAUUGAAGGUGGAGACUUGGUUGUAAUUGAUGAUCUGGAGGAGCAGGAAUUUAUCAACAAUCACACCAAACAAUACGAUUCUGAUAACCAUGGAUACUGGAUAGGGUUACGUCAUUUUCGACGCAAUUGGUCCUGGGUUGAUGGACGUAGGAACUUUCUCGAGUUCUGGAUUAAGGGGAUUCCCCAUUCUUCAGGAGCAGCACUGCAUAUGCCACGAAAAAAAGCCACAGAGAGCUGGAAGGCAGAAGACAAACUGGAAGCAUACAAAUUCAUCUGUGAGCGUCUGGAGAUUUCUUGGCCCUUUAGCUAACACUGUUCUCUUAAAGCUUCAAUGAGGAACACUCAACUGUGUCAUCAAAUUUUGGCGAAUCUCAUGAAUAAAAAAUCAAUCUCUGAAAGUUAAGUUUUAAAUUGCAGUUGCUAUAGUUCUUCUAACAUGGCAACUGAGAUUCUGUCCACAGUCACUUCUGUAGGUUUGUUUUCAUCCACAGAAGCACUUCCCCCUCUGAGCGGUCCAUUUAUUGUCCAUUUAUCUGGUUCUCACACUAUGAGGUCCAUUUAUCUGGUUCUCACACUAUGAGGUCCAUUUAUCUGGUUCUCACACUAUGAGGUCCAUUUAUCUGGUUCUCACACUAUGAGGUCCAUUUAUCUGGUUCUCACACUAUGAGGUCCAUUUCCGACACUGUUGAUUACCUGCAGUGGUUCCUUUGCUUUGGGAACCUUCGCUCCACAAUAAGCAAGCCAACUUCCGCUUCGAUAGUAGGAACCUUUACAUCUUCCAGAUGUGGCCAGAUGUUAACAUCCUCCUGCAGGGAAUAUUCUGGUUUUUUUAGUACUUAAAUUUUAUAAAUUUUUACAGAGCAAUCACACAGCCAUAAAUCAGCAAUAAUUAACACAAGUUUUUCCAUAUGACAAUAUGUGAAAUAAAUUAGUUACACUUUUGCAGGUAAUUAAACAUUUUUUAAAAUAGGAUGUGUUAAAGAAAGAAUAGACAGUCAGUAUUCUGACUGAUUAAUUCUGAUGUUCAUUUCACUCCUAAAUAUGAUUUUAUUGCUCUCUGUUCUUUUCUUUUUAUAUUUAACAAUCAUGACAUCUGUCUGAGUGACGCGGUGGCACACAAUAACUGAAGCCACUCUAAGUAUAAGCUUUAUCAAAACCCAAAGUUUUAUUCCAAAUCAUAAUGAUAAUAUAAUAAAAAAAACACGUUCUCUUAUUUUUUAGUCUUCACAGAGCAGGAAUUUACUUACAUGUGAAUAUUGUUUUUCACCCAACCACAAAGAUGUGAUAAAUAUGUGAUCUGAAUGUCUUCUAGUUUGUAAUGUUUACAGAUUUUCUGCGUAUGUUCCCAUAAAUCUGUCACAUUUUGAAGCUCUUGCUGCUUUGUACUAAAGUGGAAACGAUUGUAAAUCUGAAGUUAAAUCAGUUAUGAUUAUUUUAUUCGUUUGGUGAUUUAUAGUUUUUACCGUAAAGAUUACUUUAGUUUUACCAGUUGUAUUUGUCAGUUUGAGUCAGGCAGCCAACGUGGCCACAAGAGGGAGCCAUACACUGUCUGCUCUUUCUGCAGACCAGUUUUUAAGUAGAAGAAGCUUCGUCUGCCAAAGAUUUAUUAAAUUCAUCUGGAUAUAUAAAAUAACUAGACCUGUUUAGUUGGUCUUGUGUCAUUUUUAUAAACUUUUAUUCGUUACAUCUGUUUCAUUUAAUGUAGAAUUUCACGAUGCAUUUCCGUUUGAUCGUUUUAAACAGCUUUAGGCCUGAAUAAAUUUAUUAUCUUUCA